ACAACAAAUUGAAUGCUGGCAAAUGAUAAUGUCUAGAUCUCAGGAAAGGAAGGUUUCUCUCGUGAUUGUUCUUACUAUUACCUUUGUGCUUGCUGUAUCAAUUUUAGCCAUUACAUUGGGUGCGAUUCUUUCCAACAAUACUGCUCAGGAACAGCCUGUAUCAUUCAAGCUUCAUGUGAACCCUGCUGACCCAGUCAUCAUGAGUGCUGAAACACUUGAAGGGGAUGUGAUUUACAUGCUUGGCAAUAAAUCAAAGGAUACUGGCAUACCCAUGUCAGUGAAUGAAUUCCGUGUGGAGAAUGAUGAUUCGACUCUAGGCAGACCAAAUGUUUGCCAAGCGAAGUUUAUAUGGACAAGUGUACCCUCACAACUGCCUCAAGACACACAGUCUAAAAAGUCAAAGUCUGAAACAAAGCGCCAAAGUAGUACGCAAACAUAUGCAAGUGUAUUCGUUUCUACUGAAACGUGCAAUGAAACAGAGUCGAAUGCUGCAAUUUUUGCUGAUGUUCUUCUAGAUUAUGACCAACAGCGAAAGUCUUACAAGCAAUCUGCACAAUAUAACGGAAUAAAAACUUCUACAAAUGGCGAAUAUGAGAUUCAAAUUCCAACAUCUUUGAAUUUUGAUAUACGUAAGCAGAGUGAAGUGUUUUGCAAUGCAAUUGAAAUGUUUCUCUCCGAAGUUUGCGAUAUUUAUUCGAAGGCAAAUAAUGUGACCAAAUUUAUGUCAGGAAAAGAUUUUGAUUCUGUAUUUUGCUUUCUGCUUGGUAAUGGGUUAAGGCUUGCAUUUCCUGCUCUUAGACUACUCCCAAUUUCCCGAUUUUGUCAAAAUAUCUUUAAACCACUUAAAUGGUAUUGCAACGAUGCCAAUGAGAAUAUCGAAACCUCUCCAGUUGAACAGCUUUGUGAUAGUCUACCUCUAGUAGACAAUGGUGUAGAUUUUUUUAAUGCAAAGAAUAUUCUCUUCGAACCGUUUGUUGUUUUUCCCCAAGGUAAUCGUGUACAAGGUGAAAGUAGAGUUUUGUCUAUAUCUCCUGGAGCCAAUCAAAUAUCUAAUAUAUUUCACAUAGUUAAUGAUCGAGCUCAAAUACAAAUAAUGCGCUUUAGCGUCACUCCUAGUGAUCCAGCUCCUAAGCAAGACUACACUGUGGUUGUAUCUUUCAGCUGUUAUUCAAAUACUUCACUUGUUGUAUUGAUGUCCAUUGUUGGAACUGAUGGGUACUCAAAUGAUGUCACUUGCUAUACUGGCCCAGAAUGUUUUCUUGUUGUUCCUGGAGCAGCAGCAUUAGUAAGAGAUGACAUUGAUGUCGAUAUCCAAAAUGAAAAUGAUUCCAUUUCAAGGAAAAUUGUUGUUAUAUUUUAAAAUAGUUGCCUCAUAACAUGCAGUGAUGGUUUUAUCUCUGAAUAUCAUUAGUGG